AUACUGAAGGUGGUAGAAGUUCUGGUGUACCCCCAACAAAACAUGAAGAACAUCAAACCUGUAAGUGGCAAACAAAGUGGAAACGUUGUAGCCUCAAAAAGCCACCUACAACCCUCUCGAGUACUGCGAAUAAGACGGAAAAAAACUGCUGCAGUGUCGGGCAAUAUCCGGAGGGCACCCAUCGCAAAGUCUCGUGCGUAUCCAUGCUCUAGUAGCCAAGAGAGUCUCUCUGGAGGGAUCACAAGUGUUCGAAGGAAGGUUCCAGCCAAAACACCAGCUGCUGUAAAUCUUGGUUCCAAUAGGAAUGACAACACGCCCAUUCGAAUGAUCAGUAACAUUCAGACAGUCACUCCUAUCUCUGCAGCGAAAAAAGGUACAUUGAAGAAAAACAACCAGACCAACAUGAGACGUGCCGUCAGCAAAGACAGCGUGGACAUAGUGUCGAGAGAACGGGAAAAGGAGAAUGUGAAAGUGGGAACCGCCCGUAACAAGAACAGCAAUAACUGCAUCACGAUACUGCAGAUGGAGAAGGAAAAAGUGCAAAUGCAACAGCAGAUCUCGGAGUUGGUGAAAAAUGCUGAAAGUAAAAAGGCAGAAAUAGCAACCCUGAAGAUGGAAAUUAAUAAAUUAAAGAACUUAAAAAGCGAUGAUGCUGUUGAUCAAUUAAAGCAAGAACUUGAAAAUGCCCAAUUGGAGAAUCAGACUCUGAAAGAGCGACUUGUUCAGCUGGGUAUUCCUUUGGAAAUGACUACCCUUUCUGAUAAUCAAAAGGAGCAAAUCCUGAUUCAGAGAUCACUAUCAGGAUCGUUUCUUACUAUGGACAAAGGACAGGGCAAUCCCCCAUCGCUGGAUGGAGGGGCUAAAUCACUGGAAACGGAAGUGGGAGAAGCCUCCGGAAUUCUUUCCCACGUGGAGAGAUCAAGCCUGCCAGAGUGGGAGAGGGGCAGCAGCUCUAGUCUCAGUGAAAUGUCUGUUGCUUGUCUUCAGGACAGGAUCAUGCAGAUGGAAGAGACACAUCACAGUACCAAUGAAGAACUACAAGCUACUCUACAGGAGCUGACAGAUUUGCAAGACCAGUUAACUGAUUUACAAAUCGAAAAUGAAAGAAUGUCCGAUGAAAAGUCUGUGCUUUUAGAUUCCCUCUGCACGCAGACUGAAAAAUUAGAAGAAUGUCGAACUCAAAUAGUGCAGCUGAAACAACUACUAUUCCAACAACACAAUCAGGAAGGUCAAGCCCUGUCAGCAUCUGAAAGAGAGAACAAUUUAAUGGAUUUAUUAAAGAAAGCUCAAGAAGCCCAUGAUGUUCUUUUGAUGAAGCAGGAAGAACUGUCUUCUGCUCUUCAUGCUGCAAAGAAUAAUUCAGGACCUCAAUCCGAUUUGAUGCUGGUACGAGACAGAGCGAGAUUGCUGGAGGCGACCAUCGAGAGUAUGAAUGCAGAUAAGCGUGUUCUGGAAAGUCAGUUGAACGAAAGUCGAGAACAGUUGUCUGCAAAUCAGAUAGAGAUCUCGCAGCUGAAACUACAGUUGGAAAAUGAACAACAAAAGGUUUCUGAGCUCCAAAGGGAACGAGAAGCGGGUGCCACAUCAGAGUUAAAUGCACUGCUGCAGGAAACUCGUAAAGACAAAGAAAAAGUUGAAGAGCGUGCCGUGAGACUUCAAGAGCAGUUAGCUCUUAGUCAAAGAGAAGUUGCUCGUUUAAAAGACCAGCUGACUCAAUUGCAGGAUGAAAAUAUGGUUGCUAAAAAUAAUGCUCACAAGCAAAUUUCGGAUUUGGAAUAUCACCUCCAGCAACUGCUUUCUGAAAAGGAGCUUGCUAGUCGAGAACGGACUACUUUAGAAGAUACCGUACAACAGCUAAAGUUGAAAUGUCAGCAUCACUUAGAGGACAAAAGAGAACUAAAAGCAAGUUUAGGGGAAUUGCAGAAAGUUAUUAAUGAGACAACAUCCCAACUAAAUUUGGCCCAGAAAGAAACUGAAGAUCUGAAAAAGAAACACAAAGCAGAGAUUGAUGAGUGGAAUAAGUUUCAAGCUGAUUUAUUGACCACCGUUCGAGUUGCUAAUGAUUUUAAAACAGAAGCUCAACGUGAUGUCGAAAGACUUGUGGCUGAAAAUAAAGAAUUGCUUGAAAAAAUGUCUAGUUUAGGAGCUGAAAAUGAAGCUUUAAAAGUAAAAACUGAAAGUGCUCCUGCUAACUUCAUUAAGAAUAGCUUAACUAUCUCUGGCAGUGAUGUGAGCAUUUUUACCACAGCAGAAAAAGAUUUAUGUUCCUCCCGUAGGCAGUUAGCUGCAGUCAAAAGAAAUGACAGAGGAGGAGCCAAUCAGCAAUCAGUUCGCUCUCUUAUUGAGUCAAUAGAAAAUGCUACAAAGCAUGUAAAAGGGCAAGGACCGAGUAGCAGUUGCAGUUCUUCAUCAAGUAGUCUCAACAGUCUUGCCUCUGAAUCAAGAAUCAAUGCUAAUUCAAUUCUUCUUGGAAAUAAUAAUGACAUCUUUAAGCCAAAUCUUCGCAGUACUACUGAAUCUGUACAAAAAGAUAAUAAAGUUGGACAUUGUUUAGUGAAGCAUUCGAAUUCAGAUAAUUUGGUUCAAUCGACUGUGAACAAUGGACCUUUAGAUCAAGCAACGGUAACUAUUAAAACCGAAACUGAUAGUUUGAAACCUUUACCUCCUCAUCCUGUUUCAAUUCUUGCUGCAAAGUUGGAUCCCAUUAGAAGGAAUAGCUAUGGAGAUAUAAAUGAGAAAAAAGAUCCAUUGUCAUCACUGGUUAAAGGAGGAGGAUCUAAACGCAAUGCUCUUUUGAAAUGGUGCCAGAAUAAAACUUUAGGCUACAAGGGAAUCGAUAUCACCAAUUUUAGCAGUAGCUGGAAUGAUGGCUUGGCAUUCUGUGCACUCUUGCAUUCAUAUCUGCCUCACAUGAUUCCCUACCAUGAGUUAGACAAUAAAGACAAAAGACGAAAUUUUACUCUAGCAUUUCAGGCUGCAGAAUCUGUUGGAAUACAAACAACUUUGAAUAUCAAUGAAUUAAUUUCCCAGGAAAGGCCCGACUGGCAGUCGAUCAUGACAUAUGUGACUUCCGUAUACAAGCACUUUGAAACAUAGGAGCCUGCACAAAGAUGCAAUGUAUCUAGUCACUAGAAAAAAAAAACAUUCUAAAAGUCAACAUACAGCUAGGAAAAGCCAAACAAAAUUUCCUAUUGAUGAAUCAUUAUUCAUUGUAUUAUUUCAUUUUGCUUGAUCAUAAGAAAUGGAUAUUGAUGAUUGAACAUGCUUUUAAGGACAUUUGAUUUUUCAAAUAUUUCAAGCGAAAAAGUUUGAAAAAGAGAAAAUGAAAUUUUAUCUUUUAGUGAAAGUGAGACUUUUUGAGACUUAGUGUCGAAAAGUUAAACAAAAUUCACAGCGUUUUUCUUGUGAUAAAGGCAUGUUUCAAAGAAAAUUUUGCUUUUGAACUCGAAUCAUUAGAGAGCUGCUUUCUGUCUGAACUGUAAAAAUGAAUGAGACAUUCUUUCAAAUCAUCAAAUAUUGUGGUGCAGAACAGCUAAACAUUACACAAUUGAGCUUUGUUCAUCUCAGUGUCUAUUAGUCGAAAGGUUAAUCAUCAUAUUGGUCAUUUUUCUGGCAUUCACAAAAAUGCAAAUAAUUUCUAUGGUGAUUUUGAGAGUUAUGUUUUUUAAAUUAUAUUGUCUUGUACAUAUCAAAGUAUGAAGUGAUUUUUGAUAACUUUUAUGAUAAUUGUUCCUUUAAAAGGCAAGCAAAAUUUUAUUAUUGCUCUGAGUUUUAUUUUCCUGUGUCCCAUUCACAGGCUUUGUAGACUAAACUUGCAAAAUCUUGUUAAUUUAGUUUUUUACCCAAGCAUUAUUUUAUUGUAUUAUCAUGUUCUUGUUUUAAUUGUUUUUA